GGUUUCCCCAGCAAAAGAAAGCGCGUCGUUCUGUGAAACGGGGCACCGACGUUGUGUUUCGCAUGAUCACUCCGUACCGGCACACAGAUGCCUUUUACGCAAAGGUGUCCAUCUUAUCCCUUUUGGCAGCUUCCGUCGUUCCUCUUGUUAAUUCUGUGUUGGUCAACUGGUAGGAGAUAACACGGGCAGAUAAGAGGCAUUUGUCAGAUCCUGAGGACGGACAACGAGUCCAUUGGUGUGGAAUCGAGACAAUCGCCAUUUCCAGUCUUUCCGGGCUUUCUACUGUGCCUUCUAUCGCGUUGCAUCGCAGGUCUUCAUCCGACCCACAGCUACGCAGCUCCAGCGCGCCCCUUCACACGAAUGGCCCAUCCGAACCGCCCCUAAUACGCCGCAAAAGCCUCACCGAUGGCACAGAUCCUACCGAAUGUCCGAAUAGCCGACGCGCGCAUCAGAGAUGGCAACCCUUUUGAGCGACAAGACACUGGCAAACUUGCUGCGCGCUCCGAGGGCUCCUCAACCGUCAUCGGGAAACGCGAACGGCUCCUCCUGUCGAAGCCCCCGACGCCAGUUAAACUGCGCACCACUUCGUCGACGUCCGCGAACGCGAAUGCGAAUGUGAACGCGAAUACCGAGACCGCAGUAGCUGCGCCGCAGAAUGGGAGUGGGAACGGGGGCUAUGCGGAUGAGAGGGGAGAGUCCAAUCCGGCGAUUGAUCCGUUGUCGCAGCACAUCUUGAAUCGCACGAAUACAGCAGCGAUAUCGGUACACAAGCUGAGGACGCAGGUUGACAGCACGGCGUUGCAGUCGCCGACGACUCCCGGUAGCGAUGCGCUGGAUGGGAAGGGAGCGGUGGAUACAGCGAAAGAGGUUGGGGGUGGAGGGACGGGGAACGCGGCCGGGAAUGUGAAUGCGAAGGACAAGAGGAAAGGCGUCUCCUUCUUCGGUCGGUUGAUAGGCGGCAACAAGAAGAAGGGAGCUGCUGCCCUCGACGGCACGACGCUGGACGAUGGCUCCGAAGCGGGAGACUCACGAUCGGGUGUGCGAACGGAAGGCAUGGAAAAGGUCGACAACAUCGGUUUCAAUCCGCGGUACCCGCAGCCCCCGCCAUAUGUUAAAACGAGGACGAAAUUCAAGAAAGAGAAGGAGUUCGAUAGGUUGUUUCUGGCUCAGGAGUUGCGCUGCGCGGCCGAUAGGAACGCGCCGCCUGUAGCUGGGGCGAAUCCGGCACCGCAGUCGGGGUCUGCUGCUACGCAGAACCCGGUUUGGGCGAUCGAGUUCAGCAAGGAUGGGAAGUAUUUGGCUGCUGGAGGGCAGGACAGGGUUGUGCGAGUUUGGGCGGUGAUUUCGACCCCAGAGGAAAGGAGUGCGGUGGGAAACGGGGAGAGUGAGGGUUCUAUAGGGGAAGAAAAGGAGGGGAUGCGGUUGAGUGCGCCAGUGUUCCGACAGGAGCCGGUGAGGGAGUAUCAUGGACAUACGCGAUUCCACCCCAGAGACGACCGCUUCUUCCUCGCCGGCUCUCUCGACACAAAGCUGCGCCUCUGGAGCAUUCCCGACAAAAGCGUCGCCUUUUGGAAACAGACCUCUGACAUGGUCACGGCCGUAUCCUUCACCCCGGACGGAAAGACCUGCAUAGCGGGCACCCUAAGCGGCCUCUGCCUCUUCUACGACACGGAAGGGCUCAAGUACCAAACGCAGAUGCACGUCAAAUCCACGCGCGGCCAAAACGCAAAGGGAAGCAAGAUCACGGGAAUCCAAGCUUUCCACUGGCCCCGCGGCUCCGGCUCCGAGCCGGGAGAUGUCAAACUUCUCAUCACGAGCAACGAUUCGCGCAUCCGGCUGUACAACCUGCGCGACAAGAAUCUGGAGAUGAAGUUUCGCGGCCACGAAAACAACUGCAGUCAGAUACGUGCGAGCUUCGCUGCCGACACGGGACACAUCAUCUGCGGGUCCGAAGACCGCAGAGCGUACAUUUGGUCGCCGACGACGGGGAUGGAGGGCGGCGCGGAGAAACGGCACGAAAGACCCGUCGAGAUGUUCGAGCCGCAUGGGAGUAUCACCACGUGUGCGGUUAUUGCGCCGUUGAAGACGAGGCAGGUGCUGGGCGGAAGCGAGGAUCCGAUUUACGACCUGUGCAACCCGCCGCCGGUGACGCUGGUGAGUAGGGCGGAGAGCCUGGCCGGGUCCUCGAGGGCUCCGACGGAGGCGGGAUCCGCAUUGCCUACGCCGACGGUGGAUUCCACCUUCAUCAACAGGAAGACGGCGGAGACGACGCCAGCAUAUCAGGCCCGCUCGGUCCACAAGGACGGCCACAUCCUCGUGACGGCCGACUUCACGGGCGCCAUCAAGGUGUUCCGGCAGGACUGCGCUUACGCGAAACGCACGCGGCUGAUUGUGCACAGCCGGGACGAGAAUUGGGAUGCCGGAUCGGCGUUUUCGAAACGGACGGGGUCGCGGUUCGGUGGUGGUGGUGGGGUCGGCAGGCCGAGCAGUAUUCUCUCCGGGAGGAGGAUGGGAACGGGAGCGGCGCCGUCCGUCAAGAGCGGGAUCGUCGGUAGGCCCAGGCGAGAUAGCACGAGUACGCAGCCGGCUGAGGAUCGGAUCCGGAGUUGGCGGCAGGAUAUCGUUGCGCCGUCUUCGGCGUCGGCGUCGAUGUCGAAUCUCUCGGUUGUGCAGCAGCAGCAGCAUGGGCUCGGCGGCGGCUUGGAGUCUGGCAUUGCGAGCCCGAGGCGCAGUAUGGCGAGGAGUAAGAGCCCGAGGAAGAGUAGGCUCAGUGUGUCUAGUUUGGGUGCUGGGAAUGGGGUGGGGAAUUCGUUUUCGGAGGCGACGAGCGCGGGGCCCGUGAGGGCGGCGACGAUGGGGCCGAUUGGGAUGGGGAUGCGGAUGGGAGAGGGGAGUCCGGAGACGAGGUUUUCGGCUGAGAGGACGUUGGUGCAGAUGGAAGAUGAUGGUGGUGGUGGGGUUGGGGAGGGUGGGUCUGUGAAGGAGAGUGAGGAUUGGGGACCGGGUUUGUCCGCCCGGUCUGGUGAGGGGGAUCGGGCGGGAGAUGGGGUGCGGUGGAGAAGAGAUAGUGUGAGUUCUGAUGAGAGUGAUAUGAGUUUUCGGAGUGCGAGGGAUGGUCCGGCUGGGGAGGAGGAGGAUGAGGAUGGGGAUGAGGAGGAUGUGGAAGUGCGAGAAGGAGAUGGGGAGAUUCGGUGUCAGCACUGUGGGGGUGAGGAGUUCAUGGUCCGCAUGGUGGAUAGGGAGAGGGAGGUGAGGAUGCUGGUUUGUGGACGGUGUGGGAGGGGUGUGGAUUGAUUUGUUGUCACCGGUAUGGUUUGCAGAGCGUAUGCGUCUCUUGGGAGGGUUUUUGCUGCACGGUUUUGGGAGUGCAUGGCGUGGAUGAGAAUGGGUAUUGUUUAUGAGGUAUUUUGAGGUAUUGCGUGUAUAUACGGCGGUCUUGCAUAGGAAGGGAUGUGGGUGCAGGGGAGGUCCGUGGUAGCUAUGGUGGAUGCAAGCAUAUCGGGAUAUGAACGAAAGUGCAUAGGACGUGGGACGCGUGGUAGAUAUCCGACUAUAGGUUGGUUUGCGGAUCGUAUAUAUAGCCUAGGUGUUUCGUAGGGAUUAGAAAAGGUAGAGAGUGAGAGGUAUAUACCGUAUAGAUACCGUACAUAUCACCUCCUGCAUCUUUCUA